GGUGGGAAGGGAAGCUCCGCACACACAGGCAAGCAAAGACUAGCACACACUGCUGAACGACAGUAGAGAGAAUUCAUAGAGGAAAAGUGGCCAUGGACCUGAUCCCAAGCUUUUCCAUGGAAACCUGGCUUCUCCUGGCUAUCAGCCUGGUGUUCCUCUACCUAUAUGGGACCUCCACACAUGGACUUUUUAAGAAGCUGGGAAUUCCUGGGCCAACACCUCUGCCUUUUGUGGGAACUGCUCUGGCCUACCGUAAGGGUUUUUCUGGUUUUGACGAGAAAUGUUUUAGAAAGUAUGGAAGAUUUUGGGGGUUUUAUGAUGGGCAACAGCCUGUGUUGGCUAUCACGGAUCCGGACAUGAUCAAAACAGUACUAGUGAAAGAAUGUUAUUCUGUCUUCACAAACCGGCGGUUUCUUGGUCCAGUGGGAUUUAUGAAAAAUUCCAUUGCUCUGUCUGAGGAUGAAGAAUGGAAGAGAAUACGAACAUUGCUGUCUCCAACCUUCACCAGUGGAAAGAUGAAAGAGAUGUUCUCCAUCAUUGGCCAGUAUGGAGAUGUGUUGGUGAGGAACCUGAGGAAGGAGGCAGAGAAAGGCAAACCCAUCAACUUGAAAGACAUCUUUGGGGCCUACAGCAUGGAUGUGAUUACCAGCACAUCAUUUGGAGUGAACACUGAUUCCCUCAACAACCCACAGGAUCCCUUUGUGGAAAAUGCCAAGAAGCUCUUCAGAUUUGAGUUCUUUGAUCCACUUUUGUUCUUAAUAGUACUCUUUCCAUUCCUUACCCCAGUUUUUGAAAUACUAAAUAUCUGUGUGUUUCCGAAGAGUGUUACUGAUUUUUUCACAAAAUCUGUAAAAAGGAUGAAGGAAUGUCGCCUCAAAGAUGAACAAAAGCACCGAUUGGAUUUUCUCCAACUGAUGAUUAACUCCCAGAAUUCUAAAGAAACAGACACCCAUAAAGCUCUGUCUGAUCUGGAGCUCGUGGCCCAAUCUAUGACCUUUCUUUUUGCUGGCUACGAGCCCACUAGCACUGCUCUUUCCUUCUUUGCAUAUGCAUUGGCCACUCACCCUGAUGUCCAGCAGAAACUGCAGGAGGAGAUUGAUGCGACUUUCCCCAAUCAGGCCCUGCCCACUUACAAUGACCUUGUACAGAUGGAGUAUCUGGACAUGGUGUUGCAUGAAAGUUUCAGAUUAUACCCAGUCACUGGUAGACUUGAGAGGAUAUGUAAGAAAGAUGUGGAAAUCCAUGGUGUGUUCAUUCCCAAAGGGACAGUGGUGAUGGUGCCGGUCUUUACUCUUCACCAAGACCUGGAUCUCUGGCCAGAGGCUGAGGAGUUCCGUCCUGAAAGGUUCAGUAAGAAGAACAAGGACAGCAUAAAUCCUUAUACAUACCUACCUUUUGGAACUGGACCCCGAAACUGCAUUGGAAUGAGGUUUGCGAUCAUGAACAUGAAACUUGCCCUGGUCAGAGUCCUGCAGAACUUCUCCUUCAAACCUUGUAAAGAAACACAGAUCCACCUGAGAAUGAGCACUCAAGGGAUUAUUAAAACAGAAAAACCCAUUAUUCUCAAGGUUGAGCCAAGAGAUGGGAGUGUGGACAGAGCCUGACUUUCUCUAAGGACUUCCCCUUUGUUCUUCAAGAAGCUGUGUCCCAGGAUCAUCAGAGACCUCAAUUUUCUUUGUGAGUAAAACCCAGAAAUGAAGAUGGCCUUCAUGUACUGCCCAUGAUGGAUGACUAGGGAUUCCAUACAUUCAUUUGGCUUUUUUGGUGUCUGUGUGGAGCAUUAUAGAUUGUGGAGAGUGAAGGAGGUGGUAAUAAUUGCCGGAGAUGUAGACUCAGCCUGUCUGGUUCACACAGACUACCCCCAGUUAGUACCAACUUCUCCCCUGAGCACCGAUCAAGAAUAAAACUUUCUCAACAAUUUUAUCAACAAACUUUAAUGAAAACAAGAAUUAGUGUCAUGACUGUGCUAGUGACAUUUAUAUCAUAUGCCUUACUUUGAAUAUUUUACAUUAACUAUCACACUGAGCCAGUCAAUCAACACCUCUUUACAAAA